CGUGAACAUCAGUUGAAGUCUAACCAUUGGCUAGUGUUUAACUUUUAAAAAAGGGAUUUUAAAGUCCAGAAUCAAAAUGAAACUCUUUUCGUUAGCUGCUGUCUUUGUGAUGGGUUUACUGGCCUUAGCUAGCGCUGUUCCCCUGUCACCCGAUCCAGGAAAUGUUAUUAUUAAUGGUGAUUGUGUAAAUUGCAAUGUCCAUGGCGGAUAAUGCAAAAGUUUUUGAAGAAAUACGCUUAAAGUGCCAUAACUUAACUUAAAAACAAAAAACAAUAUUUGUACAGAAAUAAAAACUAGAAUUUAUAAAAAUGUUUAAAAUAUAAAUACGAAGAAAAACAGA